GGCGUAAUGAAGUGAUCUUUAGGCUCCUCCUCUUGAACUUUGGAAAGCUUUUUGGUUUUUUUCAUCUAUCAGUCACACAUUCACUCCUUCUCAUCUCAGCCACAGACAGAACAUCACAGAAAUAUGUUUGAUGCCUGGCUCUUAUUGUUUCUCCCCUUACUGGGGGCAAACGCGUUCAUGAUCCACAACACCCACCGCAGCCUGUGUCUGGACGACUCAGCAGCUACAGGUGAAGUCCUGCUGAAGAACUGUAACCUGGACUCAGAGUCUCAGCAGUGGAUCUGGAUUGGUCAGGGCAUGCUGAUGUGCGUUGCAUCGUCCAGAUGUUUGUCAGCCCUGCAGCAAAAGCCUGUCCUGACUCGACCCUGCUUUGAGUCGGAGAUGAAUGCAACAGAUUUAAUGUGGGACUGUGACAGGAGCAGACUGAUCAACAAGAAGAGCUCAAUGCUGCUGUCGGUAGAUGGCCGGCAUCUCAUUCUCACACACGACAGCAAACACUCAAAAUGGAGGUCUCUGGAUGAGGGCGACAUCUGCCAGGAAAAACUCAGAUCCAGGAGGGCAUCCAAUGAUGCAGAAGAGCUUGAUCCUGCAGAGGAGCAGAAAAACAAGUUUGCGGCCAUGACAGAGGAAGAAAAAACAUACCUGCGCUGGUUCUAUCGCACAGAGGACCCAACCAUAUGGAAGUUUGUGAUGCUGGGACUGGCUUUCGUCUGCCUUCUUGUUGGUUUUAUGCUGCUGGGAAUGGGAGCUAUGGCCAACAAGAAUAGAAAAAAGAUUGCAAAAUACAAGGCCGCAGCUGCUUUGGCUCAGAAGAACGAGGAGCUGCGGAUCAUUUCUGUGGUCAGAGAUGACAGCAGCAGCACAGCGUCGCCGUCACUCGACAGGCCGAUGCAGGAAAACAAAGUCUGCUCGCCCAACGGGGAGGUGAGCGGGCUCAAAGCAGGAGACAUCGUGGUCACGUGGAAAGACGGCAACACCUCGUGCUUGUACUCAGAUCAUACAGCAGAGGAAGAGAAGCAGGAGGAGGAGAAAGAGGAUGAAGAUCAGCAGGAAAAACAGGAGGAGGUGUCGGCUGCAGAGCCGGAGGUUGAUGAUAGAGCUGCUGAAGAGGGGGUAUGAGGCCUCGUACGAACUCGACGGUUCAAGGCUCUGCUCAUUGACAAACACGUUCGUGAAUCACGGUCACUGAACUCACGUCACUGUUGUGCUUCAUUGGACUUUUACAGCUCAUAUGUUUGCUUCAGCAAGAUUCAAACCUUCACACAAACACCCAAAACAUAUCCCACAUGUGUGUUUUCUCUGAAAGUCGAGAGAACAGGUGGAAUUAAGAGUGGAGAAAAAAGUUGUAAUAUUCUGAAAAUAAACUUGUAAUUUAACCCUUUGAAA